AUGAAGCGUCCAUUAAGUCCUGACCACAUCAUUGAAGAUGGGAUUAUGAAUCAACCAGCUGCUCUACGCACCUUUGAGGAAAAAGGACUGAGGAAUGACAGACAGGAUUACCAAUUAAGCAAAGAAAAAAAGAAGAUACUGUUUUCCUUCUGUGAAGUGUGCAAUAUACAGCUGAAUUCUGCAGCCCAAGCUCAAGUUCAUUACAAUGGGAAAUCUCACUUGAAAAGAGUGAAGCAGCUAAAUAAUGGAAAACUCCCUACAAGUACAGCUCCUGGCACUUUGUUUGCAAGUACAAGCACAGGUACUACCUGUGGCACUACUACACUUCCCACCCUUGUGCGCACACCUACCUUGAUGAUGCAGCCUUCCCUGGAUAUCAAACCCUUUAUGUCCUUCCCUGUGGACAGCAGUUCUGCUGUUGGAUUCUUCCCAAAUUUUAACACAGUAAGUAAAGGUUUGCUUCAGACCCAGAAGAUGUGCAGGAUGGAUCCUGUGCAAAAAGCAGUCAUAAACCAUACAUUUGGAGUGUCCAUUCCCCCAAAGAAGAAGCAAGUCAUUUCCUGUAAUGUCUGCCAGCUUCGUUUUAACUCUGAUAGCCAGGCCGAGGCCCACUACAAAGGAAGUAAACAUGCCAAGAAGGUGAAAGCACUAGAGGCAACGAAAAACAAGCCCAAAGCUGGUUCUUCCAAGGACAGCGCAAAGGUUAACACGGGCUGCUCCACCACGCCAGUCACAGCCAGCAUCUCUGACAAAUCAGAAGAUAAAGGGAAUGAAAAACCCAACAGUGUGAGUCAGCAGUCCAAUACAGAAGUGGAUCCUUUUCUUCCCAAACCUGGAGUGGCGCCUGCAGCACCUGCCUCAUCUUCCAAGAGCACCAACGGAGCUGCUAACACAGUUACUGAGUCAGAAGAGGAAAAAGCCAAAAAACUACUUUACUGUUCAUUAUGCAAAGUGGCUGUGAAUUCCCUUUCACAACUAGAAGCCCACAAUACAGGCUCCAAGCACAAGACCAUGGUUGAAGCUCGGAAUGGUGCUGGUCCCAUCAAGUCCUACCCUCGGCCUGGAUCCCGAAUGAAGGUGCAGAAUGGCAGCAAAGGCUCAGGACUGCAGAACAAGACGUUCCAUUGUGAAAUCUGUGAUGUCCAUGUUAAUUCAGAAAUUCAGCUUAAACAGCACAUUUCCAGCCGAAGGCAUAAGGACAGAGUUGCAGGAAAGCCUAUGAAACCUAAAUAUAGUCCUUACAACAAACUGCAGCGCAACCCAAGUAUUUUAGCAGCAAAACUUGCAUUCCAGAAGGACAUGAUUAAGCCUCUGGCACCUGCUUUCCUCUCCUCUCCUCUUGCUGCAGCUGCAGCUGUAUCAUCAGCUCUGUCCCUCCCUCCCCGGCCCUCGGCAUCCCUGUUCCAGGCACCAGCAAUACCGCCAGCCCUUCUGCGGCCGGCCCACGGGCCCAUCCGGGCAACGCCUGCCUCCAUUCUCUUUGCACCGUACUAAUUCACUGAUGUGAGACAGAGAUAACUAUGGCCAGUACAAAGGGCAAAGGAAAGCAGGAAAGGGGUUGAGGUUUUAAAAUGUUUCUCUUUUGCAAUGCCAUCCAGCAUGACACCUCAUCCAACUGCAUCAUAAAAUCCAUCGUUGGCAGCACUGCGUUUUGGAGUCUAGACAACUCUGUCUUCUCUCUGUCUCUAUUUUUUUAAUCAAAAUAGCAUAAUUUGCUUAAAAAUUAAAUUGAUCAUAAAAUUUGUACUAUUAAAGUUUCACGCAUCUAUUCAUUUUUUCUUUUCCUUUUUUUUUGUUUGUUUUGUUUUUGUUUUUUGUUUUUCAAUUUGUACGAUGUACCUUGGAAUCAAGGAACAUAAAAUAUUUUCCUGACAGACUUGAAAACUAGGGUCUUCCUCACUCACACCUAUCUAAAUACUUCUCUGAAAAGCAACGGGGUAUAAUCUAAUGUGGAAAAAAGGAAAAGGCAGAUGAACCAAAAGCUUGAUUGCAGAUAACAUCUCAAGAAAGAAUUGCAUCCAUUAUUUUCAUGUGCUCUUGUUGACAGGGAUUGUGUGCUGUCCUAGACCCCAGUACUGGUGUAUCUUGUGUAGUACUACAGAUGUACUAUGUCUGAUUUUAAUAUUUUUAGUUUCUGUGCAAAUGUUUGAAAGCAAUGCAAUGCUGAAGCUUUUAAUUAUUUCUUUUGUGUCAUACUUUAUUUAGAGAAAUCAAGAAUAGAAAGCCAUAUAACAUAGAGUUAAGAUUACUGCUUGUUUGCUACUUUCAUUUAACUUAUUUUUGUUGUUCCUUCACUGGUGCUGCUAAGCAAUGUUUAAAGAGAAAAAAAGCUUUUCAAUUGCACAUUGCCACAGCUCACGUGUUGUUCAAGAAGACAAUGGAUCCAUGUGUUUGUACGUAAAUAUCUGGUUUUCUUAAUUUCUAACUAGUUUCCUUUGUAAUGAUGCUGCAUAACAUUGUGGCUCCCUAAUGCAAUAAUGUACAGAACAUGAAAUAUUUAUAAUUGACCAUAUUCUCUGUUUACUGAAUAUAUUGCAGUAAUGUCCCACCUAUCUUCUUACCUCCCCAACCCUUUUAUAAAGGUGAAUCAAUAUGCAGUGCUCAGACUGGAGUCGUUAUAUGAUAAUGGGGACUACAGGUGGAAGAAAGGGAAAAAAAAAAGAGAAUUAACUUUUAGAGCAUCUUUAUCAGCAAUCCAUAAUAGUAAGAUGUCUGUGUAUUUUUUUAAAUGUACCUUUUCAAUAAAAUAAUAAGAAAAUUA